AUGAUUACUAUAGUAAAUACUCAUAAACAUAAUAUUAAUACUGCUGAAGCGCUACUGUAUUUGAAUUCAGAUAUUAAUUUAAAAAGUACAUUUGAAGAUUAUUUCUCUGAUGGGAUGACAAUAUCAUAUGCAUUACGAUAUCAUGAGUGUAUUUUAACAAUGGAAAAUAAAAAAAUUGAAGAUUUUGCGAAUUGUAGAAUUAACCCAACAUAUGGAUGUGUUCAAAACUGGCUUAACCAGUGGAGAUUACUAAACCUAAGACCUCAUACUGGUCAAGGAGUUAUUAUGAAACUAGAAGAAAAAAAAGAAACUUAUGCUACAAAUAGAAUUUUUAUAUUAACUCUGAUUAUGAAACGAGCCCAUGAUUUACCAUUAUCCAAAGAUAUUGAUUUAUGGACUCAAUUAGUUCUUCUGAUCAUGAAAACCAUUGCAUUACAUUUUACCUACUCCAUGUGCCUGCAGCAGCUCCUUUAG